AUGGAAGCUGCGCCUGCCAGCCGGUGCAGACGCAGCCGAGCGCUGGGACAGGAGCCGGGGACAGGCAGCAGCGCAGGAGGGAAGCGCACAUGGUGGUGGGGGCUGCAAAUCUGUAAGUUGCUACAUGCCCCAACUGGGGUGACAGAAACGACGAUGGAGCCGACUGUUUAUCCCUCUCCGAACCACCCCAAUGUGAGGCUGUGGGACCUGCCCGGCAUUGGUGCCCCGGAUUUUCAGCCAACCACGUACCUGCGGCAAGUGAACUUCAAACGCUAUGACUUCUUCGUGAUCAUCGCUUCGGAGCGCUUCAAAUGCAACCACGCGGCCCUGGCCCGGGAGAUCGAGAAGAUGGGGAAGAGGUUCUAUUUUGUGCGCUCCAAGGUGGAUGAAGACUUGCGCAAUGAAGAAAGGGAUCACCCUAGAACGUUCAGUCAGGAGAGCGUCCUGGAGCGACUCAGGAUGGACUGCAGGAAACACCUGCAAAAGGCAGGAAUGAGCAACCCAGAGAUUUUCCUUCUCUCCAACUGUGAAUUCACCAAGUAUGAUGCUCCUGCCCUGGUCAAGACAUUGCAGGAUGAUCUCCAAGAGGAGAAGAAAGCUGACAUGAAGAAGCUGAUAUGGCUAAUCUCUCUCGCAUCGGCUUUGGUCAAUGUCAUUCCUAUCCCGCGGCUCUCUGUUGCUUGUGAUAUUAGCAUCCUGCUAGCAUCCAUGAUUGGCUUCUACAAGUACUUCGGCCUAGAUGACAGAUCCUUGGCUAAUCUGGCCAGGCAGGCUGGAAAACCGAUAGCGGAGCUGAAGGCCGUUAUCAUAUCUCCCAGGGCAGAAGAAAUAAACAGAGAUGUUGUAAUCAAACUGCUUCUAAAGGAGGAGAAGGGUUUGCCUAGAUUAACUGCAAAUCUACCAGUGCUUGGUCCCAUGUUAACUGUGGGAAUCUCUUUUUUAACCACCUACCUCAUGCUGUUAAGCUUUCUCUGUGGAAUGGCUGAAGAUGCCGAAAGGGUUCGGAAGACCGCUUUGAAGGAAGACAAGAAAAAGCAUAAAUGA